AUGGAGAUCGAUGCCGAAUAUCCCCAGCGAGAAUCGCCUGCUCCAACACCGCUUUCUCAUGACCCCAUACCAUCAUCAUCCCAACAUCUUCAGCACUCGAGCUCGUCAGACGCUACACAAUCUCCGCCAUCCAAAUAUCUUCGGGUUGCCCCCGAAGCCCACACUGCUCCACUCUUAGCGACACGUACUACACCUGUUCUACUUACCGGCAGUCGCCAGAUCCCUCUUGCACAAUCGUAUCCUACCCUUGUCCCCCGCCAAACCCAUUUACCUGCCGUAAAGCGCCUGUGGCAGAAGGCCAGCAGCACGCAUGUCAUGGCUGAGCCCAUUCGACGCGAAGAAGAUGAAGAAAGUGAUGUCCUACAAUCCGAGUCCCAGGCUCCCCAAGAAGACUCUCUUGGGUUAUAUGAUGACCCUGAUGCAGGUGAUGAGGUCCACCACGACCCGCUCCUCCAUACAGAACGACGUGAUGAAGAUUUGGAUGCAGAUACCAUCCCAGACGUACAGGCUACCCCCUUCAACAGUCAGCCCGUGGGUCAGGUGCAGAUCACACCAAGAAGCGAGUUCGAAGCCCCGCUUGAUCCACGUCAGGUAUAUCAAGAUGCUCAUCCGGACUGGUUUGGACGUAUCAUUAUUAUCUUGGUGGCUAUUCUACAUGCGAAGCAUCGUGUUUCCUUUCGUGCUUGUGCUCUGAUUCUUCACUGUGUUACCAUCAUUCUCCUCUCUUUAGGCAUACUUCAUCCCACGCAGCCUCUUCCUACGACUCUCAACACAGUGAUUCAUCGCCUCGAUCUCCACGACAGGUUUACUAUUUACCCAGUCUGUGGUCAUUGUCACCGUAUUUUCCCUACAGAUAUACCCACCAAUGCACUGUGUCCCGACUGUGAUAGUCGGCUGUUCAAACCAGUCUCCGACAGGCUCUUUCGGAUGGUAACAGGCCGCAAAGCUCAACGCCCUCCUCCAGUGUGUGCAGCACCUAUCCAGGUACCAUCCUCCUUACUCGCGGAUUUUCUUGCACGUGGAGGUAACAAGGCAGCAUGUGAAUCCUGGAAAUCACGCACAGUUAAACCGGGGGAGCUUCAUGAUAUCUCAGAUGGUGCAGUAUGGCGCACCAUCCAGGGCCCAGAUGAAACACCCUUCUUUUCUGGGAUGGAAACCUCACAGGAGCUUCGCAUUGGUGUAACCAUGAGCCUCGACUGGUAUUUGCUGCUAACUUAUUCUGUAUCUUAUAUUCAUGUCUUUAGGUAUCGUGCCGAGAACCUUUUGGUAUCGUUCAUGACACCUGGACCUACCGAACCAACAGGCGCUCAGCUCCAAAACUAUCUACGACUUGUUGUCGACGAUUUACUCAAGCUCUAUGAGGAAGGUGUCGUCUAUCAUACCCCAGGGCACCCAGAGGGUUAG